CAAAAAUGGAUUUUAAAAAAAAAUCUCAAAUAAACACUAUUUGGUUUAUCACUUCAUUCUUCAACCGGAAACACUGCUUUGUUCUUCAAACACAAUCUGCUUCUCUUCUCAGAAACCCUCAUUUAUGUGUUAUUGAUUAAAAAGGAAUUAUUUUUUGGUUAAUUUGUUUUCUUUGAAGAGAAUUGAAAAAUAUGGAAGGGUUAUUGAAUUCUUUGAUUAACCAAAGUUGUUUAAAACCCUUUGGUUUUACUCCAAUAGUUGGUUAUAAUUUCCCAGUUACCACGAGAACUUGGCGUUUAAAUCGAAAACUUGAUUCUUAUAAUACAUUGAGAAUCGAUUGCACGCAUUUAGAUAGAGAUAGUAACGCCAGUGCUAGAGGAAAUAGAGUUGCUGCAUUGGAUAGUGGGGAUAAUGGAGAGGAAUCUGAUAUGGAUUGGGAAUCAGAGUUUGUCGGAGAAUUGGAUCCGUUUGGUUACCGAGCUCCGAAGAAAAGGGAAAAAGAGCAAAAGUCAAAGUUGCUUGAGGAUACUGAUGGAAUGGAUUGGUGUGUGAGGGCGAGAGAGGUGGCGUUAAAAUCGAUUAAAGCGAAGGGUAGGGCUUAUGCAUUGGAAGAUUUGGUAACUGUUAAGAAGAAGAAAAAGAAAAAGAAGGUUGAGGAGAAGGUGGUAAGCAAGAAGAAAACUGAGAAGAAAAUCGAUGAAAUAGAAGAUUUACUUGAUUAUGGUUCGGAGGAAGAGUUUGGACUGCCACAGGUGAAGGAAAAUGAUUUGAAAAGGCAAGUGAGUUUGAUUGCGGAUGGAAUGUUUGCAGAAAAUACGGAGAAAAGGAUGGAAACGUUUUACAAUAGACUGUCUCAAUUCUCUGGGAUAUCUGACCAUAGAAAAGAAAUCAACUUGAACAAAGCGAUUAUUGAAUCGCAGACUGCGGAUGAUGUGUUGGAUGUUACGUACGAAACAAUUGUCGCGGUUGCAAAAGGAUUGAGCCCCUCACCUCUCUCCCCUUUGAAUAUUGCUACUGCUCUUCAUCGCAUUGCUAAGAAUAUGGAGAAAGUUUCUAUGAUGAAAACUCGAAGGCUUGCUUUUGCUCGACAAAAAGAGAUGUCUAUGCUUGUCGGCGUUGCAAUGACAGCCUUGCCUGAAUGCUCUGCUCAAGGAAUCUCAAACAUAGCUUGGGCACUGUCCAAAGUUGGAGGCGAACUGCUUUACUUUUCAGAAAUGGAUAGAAUUGCAGAGAUUGCACUGACAAAAGUUGGGGAAUUAAACUCUCAAAACAUUGCUAACAUUGCAGGUGCUUUCGCUUCAAUGCAGCAUUCAGCUCCCGAUCUUUUUGCAGAACUGUCGAAAAGGGCUUCAGAAAUAAUUCACACCUUCAAAGGGCAAGAACUUGCACAGCUUUUGUGGGCUUUCGCAUCUCUAUAUGAGCCUGCUGACAUUGUAUUUGAUUCUUUAGACAGACUUUUCGAAGAUCAUCGUCAAUCGAAAGGUUUCAUAGGUGAACAGAUCGGUGUGGAAUCUGUUGAUCGAAACGGGGACUCAACUUUACUUACUUUAAAUAGGGAUCAGCUUGGGACUAUAGCUUGGUCCUAUGCUGUCUUUGGACAAAUGGACAGAAGUUUCUUCUCUUAUGUAUGGAAAACUCUCGGCUAUUUCGAGGAGCAAAGGGUUUCAGAGCUGUAUCGGGAAGAUAUCAUGUUUGCUUCUCAGGUUCAUCUUGUAAACCAGUGCUUGAAACUUGAAUUUCCACAUCUUCAGCUGUCUCUAUGCGGUGAGCUUGAGGAUAAAGUUUCUAGCGCUGGAAAGACUAAAAGGUUUAAUCAGAAGAUAACUUCGUCAUUUCAGAAAGAGGUUGGACAUCUUCUUGUUAGCACUGGACUUGAAUGGGUCAAAGAAUAUGUUGUAGAUGGGUACACUUUGGAUGCUGUGACAGUUGAUAAGAAGCUUGCUUUAGAGAUUGAUGGUCCUACACAUUUCUCUAGAAAUACCGGUGUUCCUCUAGGACAUACCAUACUUAAACGACGAUACAUUACUGCUGCCGGUUGGAAACUCGUAUCAUUAUCCUAUCAAGAGUGGGAGGAACUUCAAGGAGGAUCUGAACAGGUGGAGUACCUAAGGGAAAUUCUAAAAGAUCAUUUAGAUAAAAAAUAUGAUAGCUCUACAUUGACUGAGGUAAAGUGAUCAUUCAACGUUUUUUGCGAGGUAUCGGGGGUUCUGUAUGUUUAAGUUGUUAUGCUUCUUUAAGAAAUUUUAGUGAAGCCUUGUAUAUUUGUUAGACGGAAAUUUAAACAGCUUUGCGCUCCUUACUAUCAUUGAUAUAAAAGAACUCGAGAGAAAUGUCAAUAACCUCACGGUGGACCAUCUGAGCUAGUCGGCAAACUUGAAAUUACAUUUUUCAAAUUAUUUACUAACAGUAAAAA